CAAUUUUUCCUGUUAAUCUCUAAAAAGAACAGAAAUAUACUCCUUUCUUGGUCAGUCUCCAUCUUUCUUCAAACCAAUUGAAUCCCUGCAGUUGAUAAAGGAAAGGGAUUGGGACUGGGUUCAAAUAUCACAAGGAGAGCUUCCAUGGACAAAGGAGGCUGUUCUCCAGAGGUUGUUCCCUCAUCUCCUCCCCCCCAUGCAGUGGGGUGUGCACAAUGAAUGAAGGGGCAGAGCUAGAUACAUAUUUCUGGUUUCAUCCUCAUGGACAGCGCUUCCACAUGAGGGCAGUGCCUGAACCUGUCACACAUAUCUCUGAAAUAGGGGGAGGACUGCACUGCUGGAGCAGCAGAUGUUCAGAAUCCGUCAACAUAGUACAGUCACAACAUCACUUGUAGGAAUCAGCAAUGCAUCUUCUGCGACUUUAUGCAGCCCUUCUGCUGGGAACAUCACUGUCAUUAGCAGCAGUGUCUGAAACAAGCAGAUUCGACUCCAACACUUGCACAGUGGUGGCCUGCAGCACCCCAGGACUCAAUGGUUUACCUGGAAGAGAUGGGAAAGAUGGUACCAAAGGAGAGAAAGGGGACCCAGGAGUCGCAGUGAGGGGCCAACAGGGUCCCCCUGGGAAAGCUGGGCCUCCAGGACCACAUGGAAUCCAAGGACCUACAGGCCAAAAGGGGCAAAAGGGAGACACCACAGCUGUUGACACCAUUCAAAGAAAAGUUACGGCUUUGGAAAAUACUAUCCAAACUCUUCAGGCUGAUCUCAGCAAAAACAAAAAGAUUCUGAUGUUGCAGGGAGCCAUCAGUGUUGGGCAGAAAACCUUUGUUUCAACUGGCAAACAUGACACAUUCGCAAAUGGAAAAACUCUGUGUGCCAGCGCGGGGGCAGCCCUUGCCAGCCCAAGGAAUGUAGCUGAGAACACAGCUCUGACGGAGGUUAUGAAGAGGAAAUCAGAGCAUGCUUUCCUUGAUAUCAACGAUAGACAGACAGAGGGCAAAUUUGUAUAUUCAAAUGGAGAAACUGUAGGUUACACAAACUGGGCAGGAGGAGAGCCUAACAAUGACAAUAAUGAGGACUGUGUUAUACUAAAUGAGAGUUCGCGAUGGAUUGAUGUUCCUUGUCACUAUAAAUACCUGAUUAUUUGUGAGAUUUAAUUGGUGUACCAAGAACCCUAAUUUUGUAGACACAAUCUGCCAGCGGCUGGUAACAUAAGCAAAUGGAUUCAGCUCUUCAGGCCUGUAUGGAUAGGUAAGAAUUCUGUCAUUCAGUUUGUUCUUUCUUGGAAUUUAUCAAAACCGACAAAACUCACAUGUGGAAGAGAGUGAAAAUAACAGAUUUGCUCAGCCCUA